AUGACGACCUACGGCAGCAUCGCCCUCAACGCGCCGGACGCCACGCGCAGCCAGCGCCAGCGGCUCGCCGUCGCCGCCACAGGCCUCGUCGCGCUCACAGCUGCGGGCGCGCUCGUCGCAUGGAGCCUCGCGCCGGCGCCAGCGGCUUGGGACGUCGUCGUUGUCGGUGGCGGCCCCGCCGGCCUCGUCGCCGCCGAGUACUUGUCACGCGACCCCAGCGUCUCGGUGCUGCUCCUCGAAGCCGGUGGUCCCAGCCUCCAGUGUACGGGGGGCACCAUGGUACCCGAGUACGCCGCCUCGACAGGCUGGACGCUCUUUGACAUCCCUGGUGAGUACGCGCAUGUGGCGUUCGGCUUGCCAAAGUCGGUGAUGGACGUCUGGCGCAUCGACGAGCUGUCCUCGCCGCAGAACCACCUCGCCAAUAUCCUUGGCGGCUCGUCGUCCAUCAACGCAGCGCUGUACUUUCGCACGCCCGACGACUACGUCGAUGAGAUCGACUGGCCCGUCUCGGCAAGUGCCGUCCGCAACGGCUUUGCAGCGAUCGAGCGCUUCUUUGGGUGGACAGACACACCGUCCGUCGACGGACGUCGGUACGCACAAGGCGUCUACAACACGCUCGCGUCGGCCUUGCAGCUGGCCAACUACUCGGAACAUGACCUGAACCGCGACUCGAACGCAAAGCACCGAGUGUACGGACAUCCUCCAUUUACGGUCAAAGACGGGUUGCGUGACUCGCCCGCCAAGACCUUUUUGGGCGCGAUGGCGCACCGACCGAACUUUGAGCUGCGUCUCGGCGCACGCGUCGAGCAAAUCGUGCAUGUUGACGGCAAGGCCACCCACGUGCUGUACAAGGAAGACGCUGCGAACGCGACAUCGGCCGUGCUCAGUGCACGCGGCGCCGUCAUCGUGGCAACCGGCGCGCUCUUGUCGCCGCGCUUGCUCAUGCAAUCGGGCAUUGGUCCUCUCAGCCAACGCGAUCUCGUGACGACGCGGCCGCUGCCGUCGCCGCUUCGUGCCGACGCAUGGAUCCAGAACGAGAAUGUGGGCGCCCACAUCUUUGACGCGCACCAAGUGGCCCUGACGUUUCGCACGUCGCACGUCGCGAACACGUCGGGCUUUGGCUUUGACUACAUGCGUCCGUCGGCCGACGAUUUGCGUCAGUUUGUGACGACGCGGUCGGGCCCGAUGGCGAGCGCCAACCCCGUUCUCAUCGCGUACGAGACGCUCGCCGAUGCCUCCUCGGGCCACGCGUAUCAGUUUCAGCUCUCUAUCUUUCCGCACGUCAUGCCGAAUCUCGACUUGUCGCCGCCCGCGAACGACCACGAAAUGGACUGGACGAUUGUUUUACGCUCAACAACCCGCUCUCGCGGGACCGCGCGGGCUUCUUUCCCAACGGAAAGCACCAUCGACCGCAUUGUGGCCGACUCCAAGCAGGCGACAGUGCCCGUCUUUCCAGCGCCGUCGGCGCUGCAGUGGGCGACGUGGGCGACCAAUCGGACGUCGUGGAUCGUGCAGCACACGCUCAUUACGGAUCACUUUGGCGGCGCCUGCAUCGUCGCGUCCAAUCGCAGCAGCGACCGGUGCGCGGACGAGACCUUCCGCGUGCUCGGGACGUCCAACGUGUUUGUCGGCGACGGUAGCGUCGUCAAGAGCGGCAACGUCAACCCGUACGGCUUUGUCAUGUACACGGGGUACGAGGCGGCUACCCACGUACACGCUUUUCUGCGCUCGUAA